AUGGAACGUAUUAAACAAGAAAUCAAGCUUAAAAUAGAAGUACCUUAUAAUUCUCAACAUAAAUUUAAGCACGAAAUAAAGCAUUCGAAUUUAUUAUCUAAUAAAUCUCCUAAAUCACAACUACAAAAAUUGUUGUCUGAUAAUCCAAUCAGAAAACCAAGAAGAAAAACUACUCUAAAGCCUCAUCGUUCAAAUUUUGGAUCUUGUACUUUAUUAAAUUCUCUAGAGACAACACAACAAAAUAUAAACUUACCUCAAAUUGUUAAUGAUCCUAAAUCAGAUACUUCUUUGCAAAUUUCUGCUCAAAAAUAUAAAACAUUACAUCCUCCUAUGAUUCUCUUACCUACUAUAACAAAUAUAACAAAUUCUCAUCAAUACUUUUGA